UUACAUUCUUUCUUUCUUUCUUCAUCAGGACUCCUCAGAAACAAACACAUUUCUCCCAAAUUUCAUCGGCGAUCUCCAUUCCCGAAGGUCAAAAUCUAAGUCAAAAAAUCGCCAAUCGUCUACCACCGCCGCAAAUUUGAAGGCGAAUAACUGAUUUUUGUUGAGUAGAUUCCACCCUCUUUCGUUUUUUCCUCCGCUUUUAAGCGAGUGAAGAAAUGGAUAGCAAUAACUGGCGGGCUGCCCAAGGGCAGGGUCAGAUUCCUGGUCAGGUUAUUGGCGGCGAAGCUGCAGCCGCUGCGGGUAUGGAAGGCAGCGAUUGGCGGAAUCAUCUGCAAGCAGAUUCCAGACAGAGGAUUGUAAACAAGAUAAUGGAGACUUUGAAGAGGCAUCUUCCUUUCUCUGGACAAGAGGGACUGCAGGAACUUAAAAAAAUAGCUGUCAGGUUUGAGGAAAAGAUUUAUACAGCAGCAACAAGUCAGUCAGAUUACUUGAGGAAGAUAUCUUUGAAAAUGCUGACAAUGGAGACGAAAUCCCAGAAUCCUAUACAAAAUUCUCUUCAGUCUACUGCUGCAAGUAAUAGCAAAAAUCCUCAAGAUCCAGCUUCUCAAAGCAUGCAAUCCCAAAUGCAAAAUCAGGUUCAGCAGCUACCGAUUCCAAUGGUUUCCAAUCAAUCUCAAGUUCGGCAACAGCUUUUAUCCCAGAAUAUCCAGAAUAGCAUUUCAUCAACUGGAGUGCCAAAUUCUGCUGGUUUGUCCUCUGCGCUGCCCCCUGUCGGUGGAAUGUCUCAGGGUACCAUGCCUAGUGUUCCUGGCCAGAAUCCUAACAUGCAAAACAUACAGAACAUGUCCAAUGUAACUCCGAACGCAGUAGGGAAUUCCAUGGGGCAAGGCGUGCCUUCUAAUAUGUACGCCAAUUCUCAGAGGCAGAUUCAGGGUAGGCAACAACAGGCUGUGACUCAAGAGCAACAACAGCAAAAUCAGAACCCACAGCAAUAUAUUUACAAUCAGCAGCUCCAACAGCACCUUAUGAAACAAAAACUGCAGCAAGGAGGUGUCCCACAAGCCAUUAUGCAACAACAGCAGAACCUAUUGCAAACAAACCAGCUUCAAUCCUCUCAGCAAGCUGCUAUGCAACCUUCUUUGAGGCAGACAUCAGCUUCGUCUACUCUUCAAAAUCAGCAGUCAACUCAAUCUAUGCUUCAGCAGCAGUCACAAUCAGUCCUCAGACAGCAGCAGCAGCAACAACAACAACAACAACCUCAGCAGUCGUCCAUUAUGCAUCAGCAGCAAACAUCGAUGCCUCAGCACCCAAUGCUGCCGACACAGCAGCAGCAGCAGCAACAACAGCUUAGUGGGCAGCAGCCGAACAGUGCGAACAUGCAACAUAACCAGCUGAUUGGCCAACAAAAUAGUAUUCUUGAUGCUCAACAGCUUCAGCAGCAACAGCAAAGGAUCAUUGCUCAGCAGAACAAUAUCUCCAACAUGCAACAGCAGCAGACAAUUAAUCAACAGAACAAUCUUUCGAACAUGCAUCAACAACAGUCAACUGGUCAGCCGAACAACCUCCCGAAUAUGCAUCAGCAGCAGUUAGGGCCUCAAAGUAAUCUUUCUGGUUUCCAGCAGCAGCAAAUGGUCGGAAUGCAACAUGGUAACACUACCUUGCAAACAAACCAGCAACCUGUCCAUAUGUUGCAGCAAUCUAAGGUUUCUGUACAGCAGCAUCAGCAGAACAUGUCAAACAUGUUGCCUAACCAAACUCAACAACCGCAGUCACAGCCAAUGCAGCAGCAAAUGAUGUCACAGAUCCAAUCACAGCCAGGGCAGAUGCAACAACAAUUGGGUAUGCAACAGCAGGUCAAUAACCAUCCAAGAGACAUGCAACAAAGGAUUCAAACAUCUAGUCCCUUGCUUCAACAACAAACCACGAUCGAUCAACAGAAGCAGAUGCUGCAAUCUCAAAGAGUCAUCCCUGAGGUGCCACUAACAUCUUUAGAUUCCUCAUCACAGACGGGAAAUGCAAGUGGUGGAGAUUGGCAAGAGGAGAUUUAUCAAAAGAUCAAAACCAUGAAUGAAAGGUAUUUUCCGGAAUUAAAUGAGAUGUGCAAGAGAAUGGCUGCCAAAUUGCAGCAGCACGAUGCUCUUCCUCAACAACCAAAGAACGAGCAACUUGAAAAACUAAAAUUUCUUAAGAGUUUGUUGGAACGUCUUAUACAAUUUUUGCAAACUAACAAGAAUGAGAUUCAGCUCCAUCACAAGGAGAAGAUGGGUGGAGUUGAGAAGCAGAUUGUGAAUAUUCUUAAUUCGAAUAGGCCUCGAAAGCCUGUUUCAUCGAUGCAGCAAGGGCAGCUCUCGCAGCCUCACAUACAUGCUAUGCAACAAUCUCAGCAGCCACAGCCUCAAAUUUCUCAAAUGCACAUGAAUGAAGGUCAAAUGAAUUCCCAGCUGCAACAAAUGAAUGUACAAGGUUCUUUGGUGACUUCACAGCAGAAUAAUAUGACCAACAUGCAGCAUAAUUCCUUAUCUUCUUCUGUAUCCAAUGUUUCAAAUUCUCGCCAGAAUAUGAUGGAUACUCUUCAGCCUAGUUCAAAUAUCGAUCCUGGGCAGGGAAAUUCACUGAACCAAAUGCAGCAAGUAGCUAUGAGCUCUCUACAACAAAAUCCUGUGAGUGGUCCGCAGCAGAUGAAUAUUAACCCUAUAUCAUCACAAAGUGGGCUAACAACGCUGCAAUCAAAUCUUAAUCCUUUACAAGCAAACUCAAACAUACUUCAACCACAACAGAUAAAACAGGAGCAACAAAUGUUUUCGAGCCAGCAACUAAAACAGGAGCAGCAAAUGUUCUCGAACCAGCAACUAAAACAGCAAUACCAGCAGCGGCAGAUCCAGCAACAGUAUAUGCAAAGGCAACAGUUAAUUCAGCAGCAACAGCAAACUGCUCAGCAGCAAUCAGCACAGUUGCCUUCACAGCAAAUGAUUCAGCUUAAUCAGAUGAAUGACGCAAAUGAUAUGAAGAUGAGGCACCAGAUGGGUGCAAAACCAGGAGUUCUCCAGCCACAUAAUUCCUCUGGUCAACGGCAAUCAUAUCAUCACCAACAAAUGAAGUCUGGGGCCCCAUUCUCUAUAUCCUCACAGCAGGUUCAUCAGGCGGCAUCCCCUCAGUUAGGUCACCAUCAUUCUCCACAAAUUGACCAGCAGAGUCUUCUGGCAUCACAUAGCAAAGCUGGAACUCCUUUGCAAUCUGCAAACUCACCAUUCAUUGUCCCCUCUCCUUCCACUUCCAUGGCUCCAUCCCCAUUGCCGAGCGAUUCAGAGAAAAUGAAUUCUGGUGUUACGUCGCUAUCAAAUGUUGGAAAUAGCAUGCAUCAUCCAACCACUGCAGCAUCCGUACCAAACCAGUCCCUUGCUAUUGGCACCCCUGGAAUAUCAGCCUCACCUUUACUAGCAGAGUUUACCAGUCCUGACGGAGCUCAUGGUGUUGCAUCAACCAUUGUUUCCGGAAACUCUAAUGUUGUGGAACAGCCACUUGAACGGCUGAUCAAAGUGGUGAAAUCAAUGUCUCGGAACGCUUUAAGUGCCUCAGUUAGUGACAUUGGCUCUGUUGUCAGUAUGGUUGACAGAAUUGCAGGAUCUGCUCCAGGAAAUGGAUCACGGGCUGCAGUUGGCGAAGAUUUGGUUGCUAUGACUAAAUGUCGUCUGCAGGCUAGAAACUUUUUCACACAAGAUGCGCCCAGUGGUACCAAAAAAAUGAGACGUUAUACUAGUGCAAUGCCUCCUGAUGUUGUUUCAUCUACUGGCAGUGUGAACGAUAGUCUCAGGCAUUUGAAUGGCAAUGAAUCUGAUGGAGAAUCAACUGGCGCGUCGAGCAUCAAAAGGCCUCGGGUUCAGGCUAACCAUGCACUUGAAGAAGAGUUGCGGGAAAUAAAUCAAAGACUCAUAGACACUAUUGUGUAUAUAAGUGAAGACGAUGUUGAUCCGACUGCAGUUGCUGCUGCUGCUGAAGGUGGAGAAGGAACUAUUGUUAAGUGCUCUUUCAGUGCUGUGGCUCUCAGUCCGAAUCUGAAGUCACAGUAUGCUUCAGCACAAAUGUCUCCAAUUCAACCUCUACGGCUGUUCAUUCCCAAUAAUUAUCCAAACUGCUCUCCAGUACUUUUGGACAAGUUUCCUGUUGAAGUCAGCAAAGAAUAUGAAGAUAUCUCCAUAAAGGCAAAAUCGAGAUUCAGCAUUUCCCUUCGAACUCUAGCACAACCGAUGUCACUUGGGGAGAUAGCAAGGACUUGGGAUAAUUGUGCUCGUACUGUUAUUUCUGAGUACGCACAGCAGAGCGGUGGUGGAACCUUCAGCUCUAAAUACGGAACCUGGGAAAACUGUUUGAGUGCAGCUUAAUAAUGUUAAAUCUCAGAUCGAGAUACUGUUUUCUGUAUUAGUGUGUAUAUCUCUGUAACAAAACUGUCGAAUUAUGUAAAAGAAAAUAAUGUAUCUCGAGUAUUGCUUGCAACUACAGUGUGGUGUAGAUAGCUGCUUGAUUAUGUUGUUGUAUGGUUUUAAAUUUUUUAGACGGGUUGUGAUUGUCGUAUGUUUUUUCUUACAAGGGGCGGUAUAAGAAAAAACGUGCAUUUGCAAA